CACCAGCCGCCUCCAGGAAGCCUUCAGGCCGGCGCUGCAGACUCGCAGGAUCGCGCCCCUCUACUUUCUCUGGCAGCCUUACUAUAAAAGCGAAAGUCGCCGGGCAGAAAUCAUUCUGUUCACUCAGUUCCUCAACACAUCAACAUGUUCAAGCUCGUCGCUUUCUCCGCCCUCCUGGCCGUCGCCAGCGCCGGAAACCUCCUGGCCCCCGCUGCCUAUGCCAGCCCCCUGGCCUACGGAUCGUACGGAGCUUACGCCGCCCCCGCCUACGCCGCCCAGGCUGCGUACGCCCCCGCCUACGCCACCCACGCUACCUACGCCGCCCCCGCCGUCGUUAAGACCGUCGCCCCCGUCUCCACCUCUUACGCCAACACCUACAAGGUCGCCGUCAAGAGCCCCGUCGUCGCCGCCGCCCCCGCCUACGCUUCCUACGCCGCCCCUGCCUACGCUUCCUACGCCGCCCCUGCCUACACCUCCUACGCCGCCCCCGCUGUCGUUAAGACCGUGGCUGCUGCCCCUGCCUACGCUUCCUACGCCGCCCCCGCCUACACCUCUUACGCCGCUCCCGCUGUCGUGAAGACCGUGGCUCACGCCCCUGCCUACACCUCGUACGCCGCCCCCGCCUACGCUUCCUACGCCGCCCCCGCCUACACCUCUUACGCUGCUCCCGCCGUCGUUAAGACCGUGGCUCAUGCCCCUGCCUACACCUCGUACGCCGCCCCCGCCUACGCUUCCUACGCCGCCCCUGCCUAUGGCGCUACCCUCCUCCACUAAGAGUGAUCUCUUUGAACAUAGACUGACUGAGUGAUGUAACAUAUAAUUUAUUAAUUUCGCACCAACUCCAUCAACAACAAUAGAUAUUGUUUGUAUACAUCAUGUGAAUAAAUGCCAUGACCACCAAGUCAAGUAUCUGACAGAAA